UCACCGUUUGUCACUCCACGGUCGCCCCCACUAGUACCAAGGCGUUCUGAUUUGCAGCGGCUCUUCCGAGGCAAUCAAUCCGUACGUUCUGACUUGCUGAACGUGUACUCUUGACUUCAUCCACACUCCUUAGAUGCACGCUGGGACGCAGACCCUGAUACAGGCUUUGCAAGCAAUGCCAUGGGCAGAAUAUCAAGAUGAUGAUGACGGAACUCCUCAGGGUGACACACCCACAGAUACAUCCAGUGACGAGGAUGAUGACCGGCGUGGCAACCAUCUAGCCUCCUCGAUCCAUACAAUAUACCGUCCGCUCGCGCGCUCCAAGCGCGGCAAGUUGCCUACGCUUUUCUCUCGAUCCAAGAGUCCAGAACUUGAUCCUGUGAGUGACAGGGAGGAGACGCCGCGCCUGGAAGAGACUGUGAUAUCAGACGAAGAACUGCAAGACGACUUUGAGCCGCCGGAUGACACACAAGACGUGUCGUACAGCGACAGUCAGCCUGGACCCUCAGAUUCGCCCACUUCGAUUCAUCAAUCAGUCCGUGGGACUCAUAGACAUCCGCCUACUCGCUCCGGAAGCAUGGGCACGGUCAAGAUUCAGCGCAGGUCGCGACUAGCUGAGAAGCUCAGAGACAUUUUCGAGUUGCAGGGCAUUCAAGAAGUUGUUGCAGAGAUGCCAUGUUGGCUACUGCGGUCAAUUCUGUUGCAGGGGUAUAUGUACCUCACUGACUCAUAUAUGUGCUUCUUCGCACACAUGCCUUCGAAAGAGGACCAAGUCCUGAAGUCUGGCUCAAUGUCCAAGAGAGCACAACGUACCAAACGCUGGAUACGCCAUUGGUUUGUCUUGAAGAAUGACGCCCUCUCCUGGUACCAGUCACCAUCGGAUCCUUACUUCCCACACGGCAUCGUAGACCUGCGUUAUGCGAUUACAUGUGAACCACUGUAUGAGAGGGAGAUACGCCUUCGAACGAAUCAGAAGACCAUCCGGUUAUCCGCUGAUUCUGCGCCGAGUCGAGACGAAUGGAUCAAAGCUAUUCGCAAAGUUAUGUUCAGGGCGCAAAAUAUGGGCGACAGCGUCAAGAUUGCGAUACCCUACUCAGCCAUCGCGGACGUUGAGAAGUCGUCGGCGAUAGAUUUCAGCGAGACUAUCGAGAUCAAGGUCAUGGACAAGGAUCACCCGUCGUUGACGGACUCUUACUUCUUUGCCUAUUUCCGGGACCUUCCAGCAGCCCUUGAGCAGAUCCGCGACGUUGUGCGUGCGUCUAGAGGGAUCCCCACCGACUCGCAUGUCCCUUCUGUCAUCGACACGACCGUCUGCAAACCCACUACACCGCCUCCAAUAGCUUCCCGCACACAAAGCGCGCCGCCUAUGGAUCAGCUGCCGAAGUCGCCGUCUGGCUUCAGGAUACCUUCUCUACUGCGUCCCUUGCAGGAAUCGCUACCACGUGUCCGUACGACUGCUCUUGGUCGAGCUACGUCUCCUGAACGGGAUGAUGGUGAAGACUACACUCAUGUCACCAAGAGAGGCUCGUCGACCUUCAUGGCGGUCACCGCGUCCCCUACGUCGAGCACCCUGAUCGAAGACCGAGGCCCACCGCCGCCUCCUGAAGGUAGUUCCUCAUCUCCGCCUAAUCCGGCACUUCAUACGUAUCCUCCCUCACCUUCCUCUUCGCCCGCAAUGUCAGAAAUCAUAACUACGCCAUCCAAGGAUGGUGGCUCGUGGACGGUUGGCGUGCCUUCGUGGCUGAGGAUGCCAACGAUACCCUCGCGACGAGCAUUCACAAGUGCCCUAGGCAUUAGGUUGGGUGAACCUCACAGCGCACCUGAGGGUGAGGGCGUCUCGGAGGUCAUCUCGUCAAACACUGGCACUGGUAGUCGUAUGUCUACGAGCAGCAGCGGUCCGAAUGACUUCGGUUACUUCAGCGUAUUGGAAGCACCUACAACGAUGCUCGACGAUGAGAGUAUCGAGAAGUUCCGAUCUACGUUCGCAUUUGAUGAGAAGGAGACAUUGCUUGGUGUCUUUCCGGGAUAUGUUUACCGCCUGCUUCCUGUCUAUGGACGCUUGUACGUGUCCACUGAUUUCUUUUGCUUCAAGAGCAGUGGACCGUUAACCACGCGAACAAGGAUGGUCCUUCCCAUACGAGACAUCCUAUCCACGGAGAUGUCUAGGGCGUUCCACUUCGGUCACUACGGUCUGGUAAUCAUCGUCAGGGGGCAUGAAGAACUGUUCUUCGAGUUUAGCGACGAGGAGCGUCGCGCAGCCUUCGCCUCCCUCCUUGAACGGCAGAUGGAGGACGAAAGGCGUAGAUCCCCCAGCGCCGACACCCAUGGAUCGACAUCGGAAUGCCACGAUAGGCUCAUUCUGGAUGAAGCUGGUCCCCGGCAACCCUCGGAUAUCGUUACAAAGAGGGCUUUGCACGAAGCAACUAUGUCAGAAUCGCUCCCUGCAGUCAUGUUCAACUCCGCGUCCUCUACAUUCCUCACAUUCAAGCCUGAUAAAUCGCUGCAUUUCACAUUCUUGACCAUUGGCUCUCGAGGAGAUGUCCAACCGUACAUCGCAUUGGCUCAGGGCCUCAUGAAAGAUGGUCAUCGAUGCCGAAUUGCGACUCACGGAGAGUUCAAGGAUUGGAUUGAAGCUCAUGGGAUUGAGUUCGGUUACGUUGGCGGUGAUCCGGCAGAACUCAUGCGGAUCUGCGUAGAGAAUGGGACGUUUACUGUUGCGUUCCUAAAGGAAGGCAUGCUUAAGUUUCGCGGGUGGGUCGAUGACUUACUCAAGACCUCAUGGGAAGCGUGUCAAGGGACGGACGUCCUCAUCGAAAGUCCCAGUGCGAUGAGUGGCUACCACAUAGCAGAGGCACUUGGCGUACCGUAUUUCCGCGCCUUCACCAUGACAUGGAGUCGCACAAGAGCGUACCCGCAUGCGUUUGCCGUGCCUGAACAUAAGAUGGGAGGCAACUACAACUACAUGUCAUAUGUGCUGUUUGAUCAAGUCUUCUGGCGGGCGACCGCGGGUCAGAUAAACCGCUGGAGACGAAACACUCUCGGUCUCGGCAGCACAAGCCUCGACAGGAUGGAGCCGCACAAGAUCCCCUUCCUAUAUAACUUUAGUCCUGUCAUCGUUCCGCCGCCUCUCGACUGGCCAGAGUGGAUCCACGUUACAGGCUACUGGUUCCUGAACGACGCGGACGUUAGCUCCAAGAAAUGGUCGCCUCCACCUGAUCUCAUCGAGUUCCUCGACUCCGCACGCAAAGCUCAGAAGAAAGUUGUCUACAUCGGCUUCGGCAGUAUCGUCGUGUCGGAUCCAAAGUCUAUGACCCGUUGCGUGAUUGAGGCUGUGGUUCGAAGCGGUGUCUAUGCCAUCCUCUCGAAGGGUUGGUCAGACCGGCUUGUGAAGGAUGCCUCGGACGUUACAGAACCCGAGGAGCCGUUACCAAAGCAGAUCUAUUCCAUUGCGUCUAUUCCGCAUGACUGGCUAUUCCAACGUGUAGACGCGGCAUGUCAUCACGGUGGUGCUGGGACAACUGGAGCUAGUCUACGAGGCGGCAUUCCUACGAUUAUCAAGCCAUUCUUUGGAGACCAAUUCUUCUGGGCUGAUAGAGUGGAGGCCCUUGGAAUCGGCUCGGCCGUUCGCAAAUUGACCGUAGAAAGUCUAACUCAGGCCUUCGUCACCGCGACCACCGAUCAGAAGCAGAUCACUCGUGCUAGAGCCGUCGGAGAGAAGAUACGGGCGGAGGACGGUGUGGGAACAGCCAUAGAAGCCAUUUACCGUGAUCUCGAAUACGCUAGGUCGCUUGUCAAAAGCGCUGCCGCGGAGGACCUGCACGAUGAUGGCUUGGACGCUGAGCACGCCACAAUUCGUGACCUUCGUCCAUCUCUACCCUCUCCGGUGUAUUCUGGUGCGCGAUCGGGCAGCAGCUCUGUCAGCUCCGCACACGAUGCCCCGAGUGACUGGAGCGUCAUAUCUGAUCAGGAGUGAGCCAUACUUACUUUGUAUCUGUCUUCCCCGAAGGAUCUGUGUGUAGAAUCACAUCUGCGUUGACCAGCAUGUACACUUACGCUACAGCGACUAACU